UAGCGUUGCGCUUCAGUACGCGCCUGAAAGUGAUCCCGCUGAGGUUCUGCCUCUGGCUCAAGUUUAUUCGUCUUGUGUCUCUCGGAGCUAACGGACGCAUUGGUGGCUUCAGUCCUGUUUACCAGUGUCUUUCUAUCCAUAAACCAGUGCUUCGAGCACUUUCGCAUUUUGGUGUGUGCAAAAAAAGUGAGGUGGUUGCUCUAUUUAAUUUUCAACAUUAAUUGUGUGAACAUAGCAAAAGCCUCUAAGAAAUCAUUGAGAGCUUUGAAGACAAAGUGUUGAACACUAAAAGACUGGGAGUUAAAUCUCCGCCAAAAGUUCUGAUAAAGUGAGUGAUCUUUCAGUGGUUCAUUUCAUCAAUUUGUUAUAGACAUCUUCUCAAUUGAGAAGAUUAUAGAAGACUUUUUUUUUUAUUGUCUCAACUCAAUAGCUCCCGAAGAAUUUUCAUACCAGUUUUAACUGACUGUGCAAAAUCUAUUUCUGGUUCAUCAACUUGCGUGGCUAUAUCGCCAGAUACUUUUUUUUUCAUCAUCUCUUGUGGUCUUUUUACAGUCAAUCCUCUUGUAUAUUUUACACAAGACAUCGCGUGUAACGAUCAAGUUUAAUUCAACAAUCUGUCCUAAAGUGUUUCAUUUGUAUUAAUUAAAAUCAGACGACAUCGCUUAUUGAAAUAAUUUGUGCAGUUGCGUAAAAGUGGUUGCAUAAAAAAAAUAAACACUCUUGGGUGGCAAAUAACGCGAAAAAUUAUGCUCUAAUUACAUGUCUCUAAGACUAGUUAGAUUGAAAGGGGAAUGUGAUGACAGAAUCUGUGAAAUAUAGUGCGACAAAAAGAAAAAGUUGUCAAUAACGUUUUGUAAUACGUGUAUUUAUUUAGAGGAUUUUUCUCCACUCAUUUGCAAAAAGAAACAGAAAAAAAGUUGGCAAAAUGUCCAAAUCACUAUCUGGAUGUAUAGUGAUUCUAUUAGGUGUACUUCUUGGGAUAACUCGUGGAUCUUCCAUCAGUGGUUCUAGACACAUUCCGAAGGAAAAUUUUCUAAUCACCGAUCAUCUGGCCGAUGGUGAAUUCGAACGGAGGAUAAGUUACAAUGGAUUGAUUGGAAAGCAAACGAGCAUCAGUCAAACGACGAAGUCACUGAGCUUAUGGCAAUUGACAGAUGGUCACCUAUUUCUCCAAUUUAUCUACUCGGGUGAUGAUAAGAUUAUUGAUUGUGAAUAUAUACGACAGAAGCACCAUAUACAGGAUUUUAUCAGUAAAUUCAAUCGCGAUGUCACCAUGGCCCAAUCACACAAUUUUACAAAUUACCCCAGUAAUCAUCAUCAGUAUACGAUGCCUGAAGUGACAAAGCAUGAAUUUAGGGAAUUUUUGGACAAUGAUGCUAUUCCACCAAGCUAUAAAAUGGCAUUUGAAGAUACGGAAGACUUUGAGAAUCUUAAUGAAGUCACGCGACAAACUGAACGAUAUGGCAUGAGAAAUUUUACAUUUGUCGAAUUGAGACAAAAGCAGGACAUUCCAGAGGAUCUUCUGCCACUGCUGGACAUUAAGAGCAUCAAGGAGCAGUGCAAUCUCCGCCAUCAAGAAUUGCAGAAAAUAGUCGGGGGUCUGGACAGCGACGAUGAAGAUAUCAGGAGAAAUGCCACAGAACAUCUCAACCGAAAGCGCAGAGAUUUGUCGAAUGUGCUGAUCAUUGGCAACACCAAGUGGUGUGGCCGCGGAUUUAUUGCCACUAAGUACACAGACAUGGGAGGCUUCUCCAAAGCCGAUCGAUGCUGUCGACAGCACGACAAAUUCUGUCCCUUUUGGAUUUCAGGCUUUGAGACCAAAUAUGGCAUUUUCAAUUGGCGCGUCGGGACACUAAGUCACUGUAAAUGUGACUACAGAUUUCGAACUUGCUUGAAGAUGGCUGAUUCACCGGAUGCAAAUAUCGUUGGGAAAAUAUUCUUCAACAUCGUGCAGUCCAAGUGCUUCAUUCUCAAGCCAGAGAAGUACUGCAAACAGCGUUCAUGGUGGGGUGAAUGCCUCAAGAAGGGCAUCAGGAAGCGCGCCCACUUGCGCGAUAACCGAAAAUACUAAAGAACCUUCUUUAGAAAUUUAGUAAACACUUCAAAAAUCUAUGGAAAAUUGUAAAUUUUCUGGAAAACUUUGUCCUAAAAGAACUUCUCUAAAGACUAUGUUGAGUGAAGAUGCGGUAACAAUUCUACACUGAAAAUAAAAAUCAAACUAAUUUAAUUAAAGGUAAAAUCUUUAAAAAGAUAAAUGGCUUUCCAGAAUGUGUUAUAAUGUUAGGAAGGACAUGAUAAUGUGUAUUAAAGAAAAUAAUUUAUAUGUCUUUAGCAACUAGACACAGCAAUGUGAUUCAUUAGAUCUAACAACUUUUUUCCUAUCAAGAGGGUGAAUGAGAUAGAAUAACAUGUAGAAUGAAUUUAUAUUUAUUGCAUUACUUUUAAGGUUAACUUUUAAGUAGAAUUUUCUAUACAUUUACAAUUAAGUAGGAUGAAUAAAUUGAUGGUAAAGAAAAGCAUAUUUGCAUUUAAAUCUUUGAGAAAAUACGCUCGGAAUUGCAUGAAAAAAAAAAACUUCUCAUAAAAAAGGCGAGAUUGUUAAAAAUCUUCCUUAAUAUUUCACUGUAUAUGAAAAUUCAUGACAAAAUGUCUUACACAUUGAAAGAAGUUAGAAUGAGAUAAGAGAAAUUUUUUAAUGUUAAGAAAAUAAAGAAUUAAACAUUUAAAUUGUAAAUGUUCGGUGCCAAAAAAUUGCCACAAAUCUUAUUCUAUGUACAUUCUAAUUGCUAGUGAACAAAUAUAAAUUGGAACACUGAAUGUACGUUUGCUAAUUUAAAGCAAAUAACCAAUUGUCAGUAAGAAAAUUUACUUUUGGAAUUUCUUAAUAAUUUAUUUCAUUUCACAGUAAGAUUGAGUUCAAAUUUAAAAGAAAAAAAGUUUUGGUAUUCAAAUCUUUUUGUUAAAAACUACUGUCUUCGAAAUAUUCAUGUGUUCAAAAUAUAACAUUUGUAUCAACGCUAUACAAAGAAAAUAAACAAUUAUUCAAUUAAUAAA